CAUCGCUCGACACCGACAAGAACAGACGAUUCGAGAGAAACUCUCGGUUUUCCCUCACUGUUUCGUUUCUCGAGACUUGGAAGAAACGUGGAGUCAAUAUAUUUUUGCGAAAUAAGUUAUAAAAGAAAUGUUGCCUUUCGAAAAUUCGGCAGUUGCAAUCAAAUGAAUUGCCAUCUUUUUACUCCAAAGUAUCAACAUAUGCCCUGAUUUCUGAGAAACACUAAUUCCUAAGGGAAAUUUAUGGAAAUGAAUAUAAGCGAGCUUUACGACAAUCUUACUUUUGACACUGUACUUUUCCUGAAUGAUACAAACAGUAACUGGUCAUCAAAUGAAAAUCCAGACGUAGCUUCUACAGCUGUAGUUUCUACAGUGCUUGGUCUACUGAUUCUGUUUACGAUUGUUGGUAAUAUAUCUGUGAUAGUAGCUAUAACUCGAGAGAAAAAUCUGCAAACUAAAGGAAACUGCUUAGUUUUAUCCUUAGCAGUAGCAGAUUUGCUAGUAGCAUGCUUAGUCAUGCCAUUAGGAGCUGUUUACGAAGUUCAUAAAGAGUGGACCCUUGGUAGAGAACUGUGUGAUAUUUGGACAUCAUGCGAUGUGCUUUGCUGCACAGCAUCAAUUUUGCACCUAGUGGCAAUUGCCGUAGAUCGAUAUUGGGCAGUAACAGAUAUUGACUACGUACGUCAGAGACAAUCGUGGCAUGUUGGACUUACUAUUUUAAUAGUUUGGAUUGUUGCUUUUUGCGUAUCGAUUGCACCACUAAUUGGGUGGAAAGACGGCCUACAUGAAGAAAGGCUACUGAAUGAAAAACGAUGUCUAAUUAGUCAAGAUCCUGGUUAUCAGCUCUUUGCAACUUGCGCCACUUUCUACGUACCGCUGGUGGUUAUAUUACUUCUAUAUUGGCGAAUUUUCCGAGUGGCGCGAAAGAGAAUAAGACAUAAGCCUGGAAUGAGAGCUGAAUCUCGACUCGUUUCUGCCACAGUUCUGGCUUCAUUGGUAACUGAAAUGACCUUGAUAUCUACAACCACAUCUUCUUCUCAUCCCAGUUCAGAUGAUUUCUUGUUGAGUAAAGAACAAGUGCUAAAGAAACGAAGAAGAGGUAACAUAAGAUCAAAACGAGAAAGAAAAGCCGCUAAGACUUUGACCGUCAUCACUGGCGUCUUUGUAAUUUGCUGGUUACCUUUCUUCACCAUGGCACUACUAAUGCCUUUAUGUGAAGAAUGCCAACCCAGCAAUGCAGUUUUCAGUUUUGCUUUAUGGUUGGGUUAUGCUAACUCGAUGCUUAAUCCUAUUAUUUACACCGUUUUCAGCCCUGAUUUCCGAAUGGCUUUUAAACAAUUGUUUUGGAGUUCUUGUCGUGCGUAAAGUGUUGCACUUUGUGGCUUAUUCAUCACUGUGAUUGGAGAACAAAUAUUUUAUGUGUGCAAUCAAGAAUUUACGUAUAAAUAAAUGUA